CCGCUCGAUCGCUCAGCAGAGAUGGCGGCGGCGCGGCCCGGCGCGGAGCAGGAAGCGGGAGGGAGGCGCCAUGUUGAGGCCCGCGGCGGAGGCUGGAGUUUCUCAUUAUGCACAUUUCACAAGACUCUGUGGGUUUGCUGUGCUACAACUCCCUCAAGUGGUUUAAAAAUGUCUGGCCAGAAAAAUAUUGUACACAGAGCCCAUUGUAUUGAAAAACUACUGUCUGAGAACAAUUUCCAAGAUAUUGAGGAUCAUCUUAAAGAACUUGAAGAUGUUGAUAUGACUAUAGAGUAUCUUCAGGGGACUGAAGUUGCCAAGGCUGUAUACAGAGUACUCAAGAGCUGCCCUUCAGCAGAGUUGAAAAAGAAAGCAAAGCAGUUACUAUCAAGGUGGAAAGCACUUUACAAGAGUAACUGUGUUCAGUCAAUGCAAGUUAAAAAGUCAGUUUCUGUGUAUGCGAAAGAGGAAAGUGAACAUCUCAGUGUGGUUCCUAGAGAGCAAUUGCUGUCUGAAGGACGGUGUCAGCAGGAGGUGUUAGAUGCUGCUAGUUGUAAAACUUUGGUCCCAUCGCAAACUGUUAGAAAUGUGGUAGGUAAUGAUGCAGAAGGCAGCGUGAAUCAGCUUGCUUCUUUUGAGGAACAACACACUGAUAAUGAAGAUUCUAAACCUCCUGUUAAGGAAGCAAGUCUGCAGCAGGAUCUGAUGAGAGCUCUGAGGUGUAAAUGUACGGAUCUUCUUUAUAAAGCUUUGACCAGUUCUGCCAAAGACGAAGAAGAAACUGAUAAAUGGCUAGAGCUAUCUAAAGAAAUUGAAGAACAUAUUUUUGCUCUUCAUGCUAAAAAUGACAAAAAGUACAAAAAUUGCAUCAGAAGCAAAAUCUCUAACCUGAAGAACCCUAAAAGUUGCCACUUAAAACAUAAACUUUUUUCAGGGACUUUGAGUCCAAAGGCUUUUGCUGAGAUGACAGUGAUGGAAAUGGCCAGUGAUGAACUGAAACAGCUCAGGGCUCUGUAUGCAGAAUCAUCUGUUCGGGAACAUCAGCUUCCACAAGUUAUUAAUGGCACACAGACAAACAAAAUAAAGUGUAGGCGCUGUGAAAAAUUUGAUUGCACUGUCACUAUGAUAGCCAGAGGAACUCUAUUUCUUCCAAGUUGGGUGCGAAACACAAAUCCAGAUGAACAAAUGUUGACUUACGUUAUUUGUAAUGAAUGUGGAGAGCAGUGGUAUCACAGCAGAUGGAUUUGUUUGUAAUGCUAUCCUUCUUUAAUAAGUGGUUUAGAAACAUAGAUAUGAGAAGGUAUCUCUGUUGAAACUGUAUAAUUUAAAAUUUCGUAUUGAUAUUAUGUAGAACCUGCCACUAAAGUGCAAAAUCCGUUUUAAAAGUUAUUUUUGAAGAUGACUUGAAUAAAUUAUGUGGUUUUAAGUAAUGUCAAUACGUAAAGAAAUAAAAGGGAAAAAAUGGUAACACUACAUCUGAGAGGAAUAUUCACUAGUAACUCCAUUAAAAAUAUUCCAAGUGCUGCAAUUUUUUUCCCCAAGGUACUGAGUACUUGGAAUUUUCAUUAUCUUCAGCAGGAGUUCUUUCACAGAACGUAAGUUUCAUUUACAGUAAACAAACUGUUUCCAAAACUGCAGUUCACAUACUUGUGUGCAUUGCAGAAUGUUCAGCAUGGACUCAUUCCUUAAAUAAAUCACUUCUUGCAAGUAAGUGUGAGAUUAUUAAGUUGGUUUGAGAGCUUAUGUCGUAACAGGAAAAAAGGAAUGAAAAAUAGAGUGUAAAAGAGGGAGAAGGCAGCUAGCAAAUGAAAGCAAAAAUGAAGUUCUGCUUUAGCUUUUUAAAGCUAUUGGAAAAUAGGACUUGUGACAAUCUCUCAGUUUGGAGUUCAGAUUUGCAAUGUAAGAUAAUGUGUCCUGCAACUGUUAAGAAAUUAAGGCAGGAUCAGACAAGUGUUUAUUUCAGGCAAUUAUGUAAAUACAUUAUUAAAUUUAUAUCUUUAAUAAAUAAAGGCAUGAAGCUAAUAUCUGAAUGGAUAUCCUCUCUUGAACUGGGACAUCUGUCCUGAACUGAGCAAAUUAAUGUUUUUAUGUAGUGCAGAUUACCCAGAAAAAUGAAUAGAAGGAAAUCUAAUAGCUAAAGCUUGUAUACCUGUUUUUGUUCCAGAGUCAACAGGAUUCCUAGUGGCUGUAUGCUAGAAGCAUUUCUUUUUCAAAAAUUACCACCUUAGUGUUCUUCUCACUCGAGUAAUAGCCCUGUUGGUUUUUUCUGGAAAACUUAAAAUUACUUUAAAAUCAACUAUCUGAAUACUUUGAAUGGAGUAUAUAUCAGAAGUCAAGGAGAUGUUUCUUCUCUCAGCUGGGAAAACCACCUGAAUCUGGGUAUCUUUCACAGCUGUCUAUUGGUCUGUAGAAGACUAUGUUCAUACUGUGUGUCCCUGUUUUGGUUUCGAGCUACUGUGAAUGUUUAAAUGAGAGGAAAUGGGCCUUGGAUUGAGUCCUGAUUUUCUGAGCACACGAGUGUGUCAACUCACAGACCUAAGGAAAUGCAGGGAAGAAUGUCUGCCCUGCCUGAGAGGUUAGGUUCUUGCAGCAAAGCAGUAGUAUUGUUUGGAAACAUAACCUCCUUCAUCAUGAAUUUCCUUGUUGGAGUAUGGACUAGAUGGUGAAAUGAGUCAAUAAAUUUCCAAAGUCAUGCUUUAGGCACAGAGGAAAGUGUUUUGUUUCACCCUAUUGUAUAAACCCAAUAAAACUGCAUACUUGGCAUUAAUGGGGAUACCUUUUACAAAUGCACAGCAGGCAUUUUGCAGUUCAAGGCUAAAAUGUAUCAGCUGAGCAGAGAAACCUGGUGAGUAUUUGCUGGAGGAAUUGAGGACAGUUCUGUGCCCAUCCAGCUGUAACACAGCUGAGGCUGGUCAGCUUCUCUGGGCUGAGGCUCUGCCCUGAAGCUCUCCAGCCACAUCAUCUGUCAGAGAUAGGAGUUAGGGGCAUGAGAUGAGAAAAUAGCUCUUGGUGAACUAAAAGCCAGCCAGGACUAAAAAGCGAAGACAGGCUUUUAUCUGUAUAUGGUGGAAAUGGUGCGUAAGCCGAUGUUACAGAGACGCUUACUAUUAUUCCACUGAAAAAACCCCAAGAAAAAUCUUUUCCAUUCUGUGAAGUGUUAACAGUUAACUUUCAGCGGUGUGAUUUACUGUGGUAUUAUGUAGAUUUUUAUCAUGUGAAAAUGUGUGUUUUAGUGGAAUUGCACUGAUACAAAACAAACAUUAAAGCAUUAGGCCAGACCCGCAGUGUUCAACUGUGUAACCAAUCAGUUAAUAUCUGACCUUCCUUCCCAGCCCUUACCCUUGUGCUGGAAUUGAUGCUUACAAGUAGGCCUGCUUGUUUAAGUACUUCUGUGUAAAGUAUUAUUUUUAGUUUUCAAUAAAACUACAGGAAAGCAAACACUUCUGUGUUACUGGUUCACAGUAAGCACAGAGUUGUGUGCUGUCAUUUUGGAGGUCAUGGUCCUGUUGAGGAGAGCUAUGUGCUUGUACUGUGCUGUGUCAGAACACUGUGUAGCAGGAGGUUUUAUUUUAGCUGUGAGCAACAGACACUUAUGAAUAAUUUCUGCCUGCAGAUAGUUUUGAAGCCAUUCCAGUAAUGUAUAGCUCAUCCACGUUUUGUCUUGGGGAAGGGAAAUGUUACAAGGCAUGGAUGGUGUUUUUGACAGAAUGUGUUUCAAGGGUAAAAUUUGUAGCUGUAAUACUGACUACAUUUCUGACAUAUUGUGUAACAUCAUUUUCUUUUGAACUGUCUCCAUCACUAAAUGUAUAGUGCUAAGCUAUAUGCCCCAACAUGACUGGGAUUUUCUACAGAUCCAUAUUUACUGAGGAGCUAAGAAAAUGUAAACAGCAGCUAUCUUAAAACUUUUUUCAAAUUAUUAAGCAAGCCUGCCUCACUGCAGAUCUGAGUGAGCUGUGCCUGCAGCAGCAAGAGGGUUGUUUCAUUCUAGGCUUUCACAUCUUGCUCUUUCUCCUAAGAUGGGGAAAUAAUAAAAUCCAGUUACUAACAACUGCAGUUGCAGCUUAUGGUAUAGAAUCAACAGUCAGUAACUACAAAUAGUCAAAAAGUGGAUUAUAACCGUGCCCCUUUUACAGCUGUCCCUUAACUUUAUUCCGUCUGUUUCAAACCAAGAGCAGUCAGAACUCUUAGGGCAAGUCCUUGGUGCCCUCGCAGUUGUAAACUCAGCAUUUAAAGUGGUUUUCCAUGGUAAUACAUUGUGAGCAGGCAUUCCUCCAUUGCCUUCCUUCCCAGUAUCAAUUCAACCCGAGAGCUGGCUUUGUAACAAAUUCAGUUAAAGCUAGACAUUAAAAGCUGAGAAUAUAUUUGUAAAUUUUCUGAAAUCCAGGAAUCACGAGAAGAAUUUCUGUUCCUAUUGAAGGAGAUGGAACCCUUACCUUUAUUCAGGAGUUACCUAGUCUAAGCUGUUGGUUCAACACACAAAUAGUUGCUAGGUUCUUAGCAUGACCUAAAAGCCGGGUACAAAAUACACUGCUGCUUGCUCAGAUAGUCUGUGAGACAAGGACGAGAUCUGGGAAUAUUGGCAGAAAGGAGCAGAAGGUAUUGGGAGGCAGGGAGAGCGAACUGGGCCUGUUUUAAGUAUGCUGAGGACACAGAUCUGUAGGGAAUGAGGCUUUGUUGUUCCAGGGCUGGUGAAAAAGCUCAUCUAGGUUCGGUUUCAUUUUAUGCCUAAUUCAUGCUGAUAAACAUGCUGCCCACAACUUCACAUUUAACAGUUAAUGAAAGUGUAUACAAAAUCAUGAAUUAUUGUAUUACCAUCUUGAUCGUCUUAUGCUGUUGGUUAUUUUCGCCUAACACAGUUCAUUACCACUUUGGCCAUUUUUCCAUUUGUGUUUGUAUCCGAUGCUCGUUACUUGAAAGGUUUAGUAGAAAGCAGAUGUCAUGUGUAGCAUCAUGUGCCACUAUAUAUCAGAAUACUGUACAGACAUGAAGUGCCAAAUAGGAGAGACGGUCAUUCAAGUAAAUCAUUGCUCUUAUUUAAAAAGGCGUAGUCGUAGUUUCACUAAGCAAAGUACUGCUCUAGGCCACAGUGUGUCAAUAGGUUCUAUUGCCCCUGCCCUGAUUGUGUAACUGCACAGGCUUAAAAUGUUUGACUGGAUAAGAUUGUGUGCUUUGGCUGAAAAUGGCUCUAAAAAGUCAACUUGCAACUGCACAGUGUAUGCGCCAGCAGGAGGGUCUAGAUUACUGGAGUACAGGGAGUGCCAGAGUCCAGAAACAAGAAUAAAAGGAAAGCUUUGAAAAGUGAGAUUCUUUUAUGUUGUCGAAGUCGUCUUUUUUCAGUUUGUUCCAGAUGGGAAAAAGAUCUCUUAACUUUUUUAAGCAGAGACAAUUAGUUUUGGUACAAUGUUUAGCAUAUCCAUGAUGGUACUCCACAAAGGAGCGUGACAUUAGAGGUGAUCCACACAGACAUAGGACAAAUGUAUGCCGAAUAAGGCUAAAGUCUCUAUUUGUUUUCACUGGGUGUUCCAGAGACACUGUAAAUUCAGCUGCUGCUUGAAUCCUAUGAUUUAAUAGUAGCAAUAAGGUCUUAAAUGUAGAUUGCACUCAAAGCUCAAGCAGCCUGCAGCUGCAGAAGUUGUAAUACGUGUCUUAAGAAGAUGAGAGCUAAAUUAACAAUGAAUUUCACACAACUUUCAAUGUAAAAGCAAAGAUACUAUUCUGAGAAGUGCUCUAUUAAUUGGAGUCAAUGUUGCUCCCUUAACACCAGUGACAAAACUCCUGGUUGCUGGAGAUCCACUGCCAGAUCCAUUUAAUUUCAUUCUGUUGAGGGCCUUUUGUAUCUCCCUCAUAACCCUCUUACUGUAACACUCUUCAGGGAGGCACUCGGCUGCCAUUUUUUGUUUAUAACUCUUAGUUCCUUUCCAAGCCAAAAGGAAAUUUGUGCUGUUUAUUGUUUAUUUAAACUGUAUUCCUUUCAGUCUGCUGUGCUAUGUAUGUUUGUUACUAAAGCCAAGAACUGCAACUCUUUAAACAAAUAAAGAACAGCUCUUUUUCUGGCAAAAAGAAAAGUUACCUGGUAACAGGCUGUGGUUAAGGAGCAGAUAUGUUGAAUUACUGUCCUUCAGGGAAUCUUCAGGGUGUAACGGCCCAGUUCGUUGAGUGCGUGGAAGAUAAGGAAAGAAACAAGAGCACUUUGAUAAUUUCUUGGAUUGCUUGGGGGCUGGCUUGCUGCAUUCUGGUAUUAGCAGAGCCAUAAAGGCAGAUGACUUCAUAUCCCCUGAUUUUGUACUGCUGUAAUUCAGCCAGGAGGUGACAAAGUCAUGUUUUAUUGAGGCCACGUCAUCGCUUGCCAGGAUGGCACAAAGUCUCCUUGCCAACUACAGAUGGUAAAAAGCAUUAUUCACAGGCUCUAUUAUACGAGAGCUUUGCUUAUACAGAACUUUCUUAUACACACACACACACAAAAUUGCCCUUUAUUUGCCAUUGGGACGUUAUUUGCGCCGUUUGCUAGCACGUGAUAUAACAACAAUUGUCUCUUCAUGAAUACAGCUGUGUGAAUAAAAUCCGUGAGGUGCAAAGUCAGCUCUCAGAUGAACGUGCCCGUGAAGGAGCAGCAAGGGUGGAUUGCUGCACAAGAGGAGGCGAGCCAGGAGCGGAGGGUGGGGGACAAGGGGUGCGGGGACAGUGACUUCAAUAAAAAGGGUCACUGUCCCGCAGCACCCAAACAAGAAGGGCAGGGCAGGUUCGGUGACAUUAAUCGGCCAAAACCCCAGUGCGCAGCAGACGAGUCCGUGUGGAGGGAGCCGUGCUGAGGUGGGGCUGGCUGUCAGAUGGGGUUUGGGGCAUGAGGGGGGCUGCAGGACCGGGGCCACCGGGCUCAGACAGGGCCCGAGCCGAAACGUGGCUCCCGCUGGCACCGGGACCCUGAGGCAGAGCGGGAUGGUCAGGCAGCGGCCUCGGGCAGGAGCAGAGCCCGCAGCCACCGCUGUCAGGACCCUACGCUGUCUGCGGAAUUUAAAACUGGAGCGAUGUUGGUGUAUGCGUUUCAAACCACAUCUCAGCUGGGCAUUUUCUUCUGUCUGUUCCUAAGAACUGGCAGGUAUACUUCAUGUGACCAGCCUUAUCAGUGGCAUUAUUUGUUCUACAGAUUUUGAUCGUUCUACAGCAACUAUUAGUUUUGUUACAUACAUGAGCAAUAGUAACAGUGUGGACACAAGGGAAAAGGGCCUUCAGUUCCUGAUACUCAAGCAUGCAUGUGUGUGUUUUAACCAUAAGAGUAACUCUAUUGAUACUCCAUUAUGCCUAUAAAAUCAUAAGCAUAAUAGGCCAUGGUUACGGCAUGGUCCUUUUCUAUUUUCUUUUAUGUUACCAUGUAAAAGAAAUAAAAAUACAUCCUAUGUCAGAA